UCAUACACACACUCCGCUGGAGAAUUAAAAACUUACAAAAAUAAAUAAAAACAGCCGUCAAUACCAUGUGCGACAUGAGUUUUGUGUUCCCCGGAAAAAUUGUUGAUUCCUGAAAUUAUUUGGGCGGCGUUUUCGUUAUUAAAUCUGUGUUUUUUUUAAAAAAAAAAAAAUAUUUCUUGGGAGAAUUGUUUGGAGAAUUGUCACUUGGAUUGGAGUUGUCAUGGAUCCAACCCGAUUUCAGCAGCAGCAGAUGGCUCCCGGCUUGAGCCGCUAUGGGUCCGCUCCGAGUUCCUACUUUUCAACCCUCUUCAAUACUGCGACUGCAAGUGAUGAUUUUGAUCGGCAAGCUUUUGGAAAGUUCAUAGCCAGUCUAGAUUCCCAAGACUUGAAUUCCGACAAGUUUUCGGAGAAUCAGCCAAUCCAGACGAGCAAUUCGAACACGAAACAAGAACCCGAUGCAUAUGAGCAGCCGCAGAUGGAAUUGCACAAGGGAAAAUUCUCAGGACAAGCUCGGGAGAGUCGUACUUCUGGGGCUACCACUUCUGCUGCUGCCAUGGAUGAUGAUUCUUAUGGGUUGAUGAAUUCGUCGAAUCUGGAUGGUUUUAGCCAUGUGAAGAUAAAUACCGGCCUAUCGAAUUCGAAUCUCACACGUUUUAAUACUUCUCCUGCUGGGUUCUUUGCUCAAAUGGAUAUUCAAAAUGAAUAUGGUGGGACAAGAAGCAUGGGGAGUUACGAUGCUAGAGCCAAUCCUACUGCAGAAACAGCUCCAAUGGCCUCUAUAUCCGAAACUGGAGACGGCAGAGUGGUGAAGGAAGAAACCUGUCCAGGAAAUGAUCAUGAAAAUUACGACUCAACUUUCUCCAUGCCAUCUUGGGAUGACUCAGAUAUUUUGUCUGAUUAUUUCUUAACUUCAUCAGAAGAAAACCCACUUUCAAAUUCAAAUGCAUCAGAUAUUCAGAGUGAGGAGAAAAGUCGCCCUUCUGGCCUGCUGUCUCAUCACUUGAGUUUGCCCAAAAGUUCUGCACAACUAUCUGCCGUGACGCAGGACUCUGUUCCAUGUAAAGUCAGAGCAAAGAGGGGCUGUGCAACUCAUCCACGUAGUAUAGCCGAGAGGGUAAGAAGAACACGUAUAAGCGAGAGAAUGCGAAAGCUGCAAGAGCUCGUUCCAAACAUGGACAAGCAAACAAACACCGCGGAUAUGUUGGACUUUGCAGUUGACUACAUCAAAGAUUUAGAGUCGAAAGUCAAGGUGUUAUCGGAACACCGAGCGAAAUGUAAAUGUUCAAGUAAAUAGAAAGCCACAUGAAUAGAGAGGACCAGGAAUGGAAAGAGAGGCUUGCCAUAAGGUCCCAAGCAUAUUUUUCUAGUACAUGCGUUUGUAUGUAAAAAGUUUGUUCAAACAAGUGCUGAUAAAUUGGAUAAUGAAAUAAUACGAGUCUA